AUGAAACUAGUACAAGUUCAAGUUUUUUUCCGUCAUGGUGCGAGAACACCUUUGUUCCAUGUGAAGUCCACCGUUGUUCCCGAGGCUAUGUGGACUUCAGAUAUAUCUACUGACUUACCACAUACCGUUUACCCCUAUCGUCUUGUUGAUAUUUCCACGCAAAAGCAAGUCCAACUUACUUCAGAUUACCUAGACAGAUUGUAUGUCUUGCCUGGUGGUAAUAGAGUUGGUGAGUUAACCAAAGGUGGUCAGGAAGACGCUUAUAACCUGGGAAUUCGUCUCAGGAGGCAGUACAUGGAAGAGCAUACUUUUUUGACACAAAAGUUUCUACCAUCGCAAUUUUAUAUGAGAACAACCUUUAUUUCGAGAACUAUUAAGUCUCUUCGUUGCCUUAUCGCGGGUUUAGCUGGCAGUAAUUUUGAUUCUUUGAUUGUUCUUCCUACUUUUGAAUGUGAGAAGUUGAAUAAGGAAAUUUUAUUUCCAAAUCUCAAUACUUGUGAGAUUAUUCCGAAGUUGUUCAAAGAAGGGAUUGCUGAAUGUUCUAAAUCAAAAGCUCAUGAAGAAGUGAAGGCCACUUUACGAAGGAUUUUGGGCGUUGAACGGCUUUUGGAUUGUGUUGAACAGCGGUCUACGAGUUGUGAUUGUCCAAUUUAUUUUGUAAGAGAUGACUACUUAGCUCGCAAGCAAGCCGGCUUUCCAAUUCCUUCAGAAUUGGAUAAAAUUCUACCACAGUUGGACAAUUUAGCUGCGCAAGAAUUAUUACACGAACUUUUGGGUCAAAGAAAAGAUUGGGAGAAAAAUGUUCAUAUUGUGUUCGGUGAUUUAUUCUCGCUGAUUCUUUCCAAUAUGAUAAACUACGAAAAAUUACCUCAGUUCCAUCUGUAUUCAUGUCAUGAUUCUUCACUGAUGUUAUUAUUAUUUGGUUUGAGUGUAUAUGAUGGAUCUUGGCCACCAUUUUCAGCUGAUUUAAUAUUUGAGUUAUACACAACUGAAUCGUCGACAUUGCAGUUAUCAAAGACAUCACCUAUCUUGCGUCCUGGUGAUGCUUCACUAGCGUCAAUAGAUCAUAUAUCUCCUGAAAAUUGGAAUAAUUUAUGGUUUCGCUUAUUGUAUCUUGGUAAACCAAUUCCAUUGAAAUCACUAUGGAAUUUAUCUUAUCCUAAUGAUUAUAAUAUGAUGAGCGAUAACUCACUGGUUCCAUUGAAAGCAUUGCAUGAAUACCUUGAAAAAGCUAAAAAAGCCAGUUAAAAUUGCCAAAAAUGGUGAUCAUAUGUUGUGUUUUGUUUGUUUUAUCUAUACUCUGACAGCCUACAACUCAUGUUAGCACAACUGUGAAUUCAUUUAAUAAUAGUAUUACCUGAAACACUGUUAAACACUGAACAUUUCAUUUACGCAUUACAAGAUAGUAGUGGUGGUGACGACAGUAAUUGAAUGAAUUCAAAGAGAAUAUUUCUAAAUUUUCUUUUGACUUUUACCGCGUAUAUCGAGAAAGCGCGUAUGCUUUCUAAUGUGUAUGCCUGUUUGCUUUAAAAUUAUCAUCAUGAAUAUUGAUGUACUGUAUUAUUUUAUUACACAUCAUUCAAGAUGUGCUUGCAUACGCAAAAAUUAAUCUUUGUCUUAUGUGUGUUAUAGAGUACUUUAUAGAUUGGAAGAUUUUAAUUAUCACAUUUACAUGAAACUUUAAAAUAAGCAAUACAUUUGACAAUAUUUUAUACAUAAACAUUAGAACAACAUGCGUAACACGUUCAUUUUAGUUCGGGUUUUUCUUUCAUCUAAAAAUGUUUUCAUUUUUGAAACUCACCAUUAGUUAGUUAGUUGAUAACUUGUAUUCACGUGCUCACGUGUGUUACUCAUAUUUUGUGUUUUGAUUUCACUGUCCCUUAUUUUACUUACAACCACUUUUCUUAUGCCUCUGUAAAUGUGGAUGUAAAUAUCAUCCAUAUAUUAUACAGAUCAACCCUUAGAUAUUGCAGUGUUUUUAAAAAGUACUUGGCAAAACCGAAGAACUUACCAAAUGUAUGAAUAAUACACAUGUCAUUUUGACCCCUAAAACAUAGUAGAAGAAAAAUACACAUAAGUGUUUAUUUUUAACUAACCUCUUCAAAUUAUGGCUA